AUGAUUUUGUCUCUGUCCGCAGGCAUCAUGAAGGAACAGAGGGAACAGGACAGUGGAUAUUUCUCUUUGGGGAGGUCUGCGGUCAGGAGAGCUUUCCCUGAUCAAAGCCCUUCUGCUCCCUAUCGGCAUUUAGAGAGAGGGCAUCCCCUGCCUAGCAACAAAAGUCCCGAACCCAAAGCCACCAUUCCAUUUCGGAACCCGGAUCUGGGCGUCCCUUCAGAAAGGAGAACCUCUGAGUUUCAGAAUGCAGAGCAGCUUGCGAAAAACAAUCCUCCGCAGUAUCCUCCAGAAGAGCUGGAUCUAAGCCUGGAGGAUAAGGCCCUCGCAGGACCCCGGGCCCUGAGUUACACACAUAUCAACCAAGAUGAAUCUUUCUGGGCCUCCAGUCGAAAAGAUGGACGAUAUGCCCACACGUCUCCCUUGUGGCAAUCGGGAACGCUCAACUCUUCCCAAAGAGGUUCUGGCCUCUCCCAUUCCUCCUCUCCCUCUCGUAGUACCUCUGUGUUCAGACGGGGCGAGUCCGAUCAGGAUCAAGCAUCGGUCAGCCUGGCACACAACAGAUACUCUGGAACCCUCCGAUCAUUUGCAAGCACUGUGGGCAGCAUCAGUAGCAUCAAUAAGUCUCAGUCGUACAUGGAUCUGAGAGGCACUUUACGGGAACCCGAGACCAACAGCUCCUUAAUUGGGUCUACAGAGAACCAUGGGAGCUCGUCCCCUUCCAGACGGAGUUAUGACAGUCCUGCUGUUAGGAAAACUGAAGUUAAAAGUCCUUCCUAUGAGCAUGGUCAUGACAGAGAGGGUCUCUCUUCCUCCUCUUUGAAGAGCCGCUAUGAUUCCAGAAGCCAGUCCCAUGUGGGGAGGCUGGAGACCAAUGUCUCAUCAAAUCAGACUCAAGAGAGUCGACGAAGUGCGUCUCCAGUCAGAAAGGGCUAUGGAGCACCAAACCAAUCAGAUAGACAAUCCAUAUCUAAUGGAUGGAGUUAUGACAGAAAAAGCCCCUCCCCAUCCAGAAGAAGCUAUGAAAUGCAAAGCCAAGCCACAGUGAAGAAACCAGAGGCCAGGAGCUCCCUUCACAGCUACAGCCGAGACAGCCGACACUCUUCCCCAAAUAGAGGACCUCACCAAAACCCUGGUCCAUCAUCCCUUCAUAAGUCCAAAACAAGCCCGUCAUCAUACAACCGUGGUCCAGAGAGCUGCAGUCCCUCCCCCUUAGCUCAGAGCCAAUCUCCUCCUCGCAAGUCAGAGAGUGGGUGGAGCUGCACUGUGUCUGCAUUGAUGCGUGAGAUCGCAGACCACGCCCCUCUGAGGAACACUAUGAGUGACAGAACUGGCUCCACCUCUUAUCUUAGAAAAACCCUGAGUGGCCAAUCACAGCAGGAAUCAAACCCUUCAUCAGGCCGCUGGAGAGGCUCCUCCCACUCCCUCUACAGCCAAUCAGUCUCACAUAACUCCUUCCCAUCACACCACAGCAGAGAAGAGAAACAAAUCAGCUCCUUUACCAGAUCUGCCUCUGAUGCCAGGGAAACACCUCAAGACAGAAACAAGGGGAGCAGCGUUAGACAGAGCCCAGAGGUAAAAAGCUCCACGUCCAACCACCGACGAGCACAGAGACCACACAGAAGCUCCUCCCCUCCGGUCCAAAGACACACCUCCUCACACAGCUCUGUGGACUCUGAGUCAGGUCAUCUCUCAGCCGGGUCACUGGGUCACGACCCGAGGGAAGAUUCCAUGAUGACUGACCUGCCCAAGGUCCAAACAGUCUUCCAGAGGGAGGAUCCGAGCCACCUGAGGAAGACUGAGAGCAGACAGAAACAAGAACUUCCCCGCUACAAACCGGCAAGUCACUCCCAGAGUAAAGCUCCUCACUGGGAAUGAGACAAACCAAAGGAUGGAAGAGACAGUGGUACACUAUCAAGGGCUCACUCGUCCAGCUCCCUACACACACAGAGAGCCAGCAGUCAGACUCGGUGCAGCAGAUCAUCAGGACUGAAGCAGGUGAUGUAAUGCCUCUGUCUGCCUGUGGAGGCGCUGUGGGCUCAGUGUGGCUCACUGCAGCGAGGAACGGACUGAUGAAGAACCAACAUAACAGGCACGUCAUGACCUCAUGACACUCACCUUUAAAGAGACCGUUCACUCAUAGUUAAAUCUCUCGACUACAUCUACUCACCACAUUGAUGUACCAAACCAUGACUUUCUUUCUUCCACAGAGCACAAAAGAGGAUUGUAGGCCGAAUGACAGCUAUAGGGAUGAGUAUCAGUCCUCACAUAAACAUCAAACUUAAAGUGCAUUGUUAAUUAUUCAUUUUAUUAACUUAGCAAGGAAUUUGGUGCAUCAGAUAAGUUUCUAAGUAGAAAGAUAGACGUAAUAUUAGCGAAUAAUUGUGUAGGACUGAACUAUUUCUCCUGGCAGACAGCAUUCAUUCACAGUGCAGUGUUGGUUAUCACGGUUAGAGACUUUAUAUUGGGUCAGAUGUUACUGAGCAGUAUAGUGUACAUGUAAUAUUUAUUUUAAUUAGGCUGUGCUAGGAAAGUUAUUUAAACUGGUUGUUAAAAGUUGUGUUCUGUAAUUGCUGUUAAUAAAUCUAUCAGAAAAACACUUGUGCUAAAGUUUCAUCUUUAUGGCUACAACAGCCUGACAAUUAAACACUAGAGGAAUAAUAACUAUAAUUUUCUGUAG